UCGGAACCCACCUAUUUCUCCAAUUCAUUUCCCGAUAACACACCGCUGUGCAACAAAAACCCUAAAUUUCCUUUUCAUUUUCUAUAUCAAAAGGAAAAUCCUAAUUUGGACAAGAAAAGAGAAAGGAAAAAAACAGCGGAAUCUAUUCCUUUUUUCGUUUUCGUAUCUCUAGAAACCUUCUUGCUUUCCCCCUUGUGCAUUUGAUUUUCAUGUUUUCUUAGCUGUAGUUGCUUUUUUCCGUUUUGUUUUCAGGAAUCCGAGUCGCUUCGAGAGGCAGAUUGUUGGGUCUUUGGUUGUUUGGGCUGUCAAUAAUUACCGUGGCUUCACCCAUAUCCCAUUCUGUUGAGCCUUUGGGUGCUUGCGAGCGGCAAUCAUAAUCAAAUACUCUAGGAUUGUGAAAAAGAUUUUAGUUGGAAAGGAUGUCAUCAAAAUACCCAACUAUUGACAAUCGACCAAUAGAACAGUGGAAGGUUACUGAGUUGAAGGAAGAGCUUAAAAGGCGGAAAUUAACUACAAAGGGCUUAAAGGAUGAUUUAAUAAAACGUUUAGGCGAAGCACUUCUCAUUGAGGAGGAAAAUGUCACCAAGGAAGUGGAUGCUGAUAUUGAUUUGGGUAAACAUCCUAUUGAUGAGAUAAAAAAUUCAGAUGCAGUGCCAGUUGUUUCUGAUGAUGAUACAGUGGACUUGAAUGUAAUUGAUGCAAAGACUGAGAAUGUGGGUGAUGUUAAGGUUCAGGUUGAUGUCAAUGAUGGUGCUGAAGCCACAGAUCAACAACUCAGUGAGGGUAGUGUUCAGGUUGAUGUCUGUGGUGGUGAUAAUUCUUCUAGGUCUGAGGGGGAGCUCACGGUUCCUGGAGCUACUUUGGAAAGCAGUACUACAGUUUCUGAGAGUGUGGCAUUUGAUGUAACAUUGGGUGGGCAAGAUGCACAAAACUCUGAAACACGGAAAGUGAAUGGGGAUUCUAGUCCCAAGCAGGACAAUGAGGAUUCCAAGACUCAGCUGGACCUUCAGGACUCAAAAUCCACGCUGGACAAUGAAAAUUCAAAGACCCAGCUGGAGAAUGAGGGUUUGAAGUCUGCACACGAGGAUGUGACGUUUGACUCUUCUGCUCCAAACAAACAGGUAUCUGAGGUCAACCCUAACUUAGGGUUUCAAGUAAAAUCUGAUUCUAUUUCUACUGAUUGUGUGUCAAUUAAUGAAAAGAUUGAACUAAAGGAUAAUAUAAUUACUGAUAAUGUCAAAUUAGAAAUAGAUGUUGUUAAGCCAGAGAUAGUGGAACCAUCAUCCAAUAUCAUUGUUCCAGUUGGUGGUGAAUCACAUCCCUUGGAUGUUGAGGAGCCACAAGAGAAGAAGACAUCUGUUGAAAAGGAAGAUGACAACAAUGCUACAAAUGCAGAUAUGUGCAAGAAAAAUGAUAUGGUAGAUAUUGGGUACUCGGAAAAAUUAAAUUUAGACAGAAGUUCUGGUGACGACUCUAUGGAGGAAGAUGUUGUGGAGAGUAAGCAAAUUGAUUCAAAGUAUAACUCUGAUGAUGUGGGAGACAAAAGUGAGAAAAGAGAAACAGAUGUUGUGAUUAAGGAAAAUCUCGUGGAUGUUGUGGGGAACAGGUCUAUAGGCCAAAAGGAAAUGCAUGUUGAGAAUAAAACCGAGCUGGCUGUGCCUGCUGACAAAAGAAAGCUUAAUGAUCAAGAUGCUAUUGGAAGGGCUGAGCCUUUAAAGAGGCAACGCAGGUGGAAAACUGACAGCCUCAAGAUGCCUGAACCACAAAGAUCUAGUGUAACACCUACUGCUACACCUAAGGAUGCAUUUCAGCCCACAUCUUCUAGACGCAACUUUUCUCGAUCUGACUCCUCGGUUAGCAUUGACGAUGCACCGAAGGAACGUGUUGUUCCACCAUCACAAAGGCCUACAACUAAUUCCCUCAGAAUUGAGAAUUUUGUGCGUCCUUUCACCCUGAAAGCUGUCCAAGAACUUCUAGGCAAAACUGGAAAGGUCAUCAGUUUCUGGAUGGACCAAAUCAAAACCCACUGCUAUGUUAGUUACUCCUCCGUUGAAGAAGCUGUAGAGACAAGAAAUGCUGUGUAUAACCUGCAAUGGCCUCCAAAUGGUGGGCGACUUUUAGCAGCCGAGUUUGUUGACCCCAAGGAAGUGAAAAUAAAAGUGGAGGCGCCUCAGUCUCCAGCUGCACCGAUCACUCCUGGUGCUACUGCUGCUCCACCUCUUGCACAGCCCUCCCCCCGUCAGCAGGUUUCUAGGCAACAACUUCCACCGCCACCUCCCCUUCCACCUCCACCACCUCUGUCUAACCCUCCUCUGGCUAAGGAGCAGCUUAUUCAUCAGCCUCCACUACCACUGCCACAUCCAGAGAAACAUGAUCCUCCAAUUGUUACCCUGGAUGACCUAUUUCGGAAGACCAAGGCAACUCCACGGAUAUAUUAUCUUCCAUUGUCAGAAGAACAAGUGGCAGCAAAACUUGCAGAACGUGGCAAAAAUGCCAGGCAGUAGGGAACAGUAUGUUAGAUAAAUGGUUAGAUAGCAUUAGGAAUUGGGUCUUUGCAAUGCAGCUCUGCAGGAGUUGCAUAUAGAAGGAAUUGUUUCAGCGUUAAUGGAUUUGGGUUUUGAUAUUGCCUUUUUUGAAGGCUUGAAUUUUAUUUUAGUGGUAGAGAACAUUUUGAGUUGAGGGCUCUGUUGAUGUAUGAGCGGAUCCGCGUGCCUUUGAUAGUAUUAUGUUAUCCUGUUGAACGAGAAUUCCUUCUACCUAUACUCAUAUCUACUUUCGCUGUUUACGAGAUUUUAAUUUUCA